AUGUUAUAUCAACCACCACCAGAAACUGAACCUCGGCCUGAAGCAGACACUUUUGGAACACCUUGUACUGAGCAAGCAUUUAACAACGCUGGCGUUACUAGUGUCAUUUCUGAGCAGUAUCCAUGUGUUUAUCAACUGCUGACGGAAGAGCUCGAAAGCACUGCAACGUUUUUGGAUUUGAAAGGCAAAGUGGGAUCGGUUUCCUUUAAACCUGUGGUUUUUCGAGAAAAUAAUCGUGAGGCCAUCAACGCGAUAAGUGGCAGCGCCGAACAAAGCCUGUCGAAUGAACUGCAAUCUGUAGCAGCCAGACAAAGGAUUGGGAACGCCCUUGCUGAUCACUGCAUCGAGACUGUACCGCAACUUUGUGCAGUACCACUAGGCACGCCGUGCAUGGUAGCAAAUCGUAUUAGUCAUAUCGAUAAUUUCGGAACGACGAAAACUAUUUGGUCAUGUAAUUACGAGUUCAGUUUGUACCAGACGGACUCAUCAACGAGCUCAACAAAAGAAUACAAAGUUCAGGGUACAUUCAACAUAGCCAUUCUCAGAUGCUCUCGACAAAGUAUUGAUAAACUGGAACAACACGCACAUGAAGACUUCGUUGGUGCCAAGGCUCAAAUUCAGAAAACUUGUCCGCGGUCUCCAUUACUUUCUGAAAGGCAAACGAGCAUUCAAAGUGCUAACACAGGUCAUAAAGUGGAUAGUGAUGUUCCAUCGUUUGGAGAACUGAUCGACCGUACUACUAAGCCCAACCCUGGUGAUACAAAUCAAGAUAAGAGACGAUCUCUGAGAACUUUUAUGGUCAAUGGAAAUGAUUGUGGUGUGACCACAGUGAAAGCCAAAGGAUCAAUAUGGGGGUCAUUGCCAUCGGAAAAAGGUAGCGAUUUCUUACACGAUAUCAAAUAUUAUAUCAUACAGGAUUUUUGACUAUUACAUACAUACAUCAUUCAAAACCAUGUUGUUGCUCUUUUGAGAGUGGAUGUGAGUCUGAAAGAAAUACAAGAUUUUCUCCACAUACUACUCACCACACCCAUCUACUCACGCCCACACACAUGCAUACCCGCUCACACUCACACCCAUCCCUUUUCUACCGAGUGUUUUCUGGUUAAGCCACUACCAACACCUACGCUCACACACGCUUGUAGAUCUCUUCUUUUCCUAUACAGACAUCCUACAUCCACAUUCCACACCCACACCCUUCAGUCUCAACAUGAGCUCUAAAUAUAUCUGACUUAACUCGACGAAACGAGAAAAUAGCAGUUUAACCUUGAGAGUGGGUGCAGCGUCUGUAUCGGUGUCGAUGGGUAUGCGUGUUUGGAAGAGGAUGAUAUAUGACUUAAAACCCCAUGCUGAUCCGCAUCAUUACCCCCACCAAUAGUUAACCCCGCAUUCACAUCUAUACCUACACCAAUACACCGUCAAGUCCUAGUACUUUGAGAGUAUAAAUGUUCUCUAAAAAACUGAACAAAGUAUAAAGUUUUGCGUAAUACAGUUGUUCAGAGAAGUUGUGCUUCAGCAACGACCAAAGGCGUUUUGGUUUACUAGACUAUACCGUUUUGUACAGGAUCUCAUGGCGAAUCUUGUGGAAAAAACAUAAAGUCUGAGCAAUGAAAACUGCCCGAGAUAUCGACAAAAUACUGGCAAUGUACGCAUUCGAUCACAUCCACAAUCCUUUUGUUUUUUCUGACCAAAAUUUCUAAGCUUAUACGUUUCUUAUUAUAUGAGCUAGCGCGCCAGCCAACUGCCUAAUUUGUAGAGUAUGUUUUACUUCAUCUGUUCGUCGAAAGGACAAAUUUAAAAUUAAGUAUUUUAUUAAAGAAAAACUUACUAUUCAAAUCCAAACUGCACUUCCUGACUAGGUAUGUGACAACUCCAGUUCCGCUCAGUGAGUUGUAACUGUCUGAACAGUUCUUUUUCAUUUGAGCUGGAGCUGGUGACCAGCUCAUUUCAUUUGAGCUGGAGUUGGUGACCAG